AUGCAAGUAACCAGAUUACUGUUGCAAGCAAGCAAGAAAAUGGCUUCUGACGCGAACUGCAUUUUUUGCAAGAUUGUCAAGGGUGAAAUCCCCUGCUACAAGCUUGUCGAGACCGAAAAGACUCUUGCCUUUCUCGACAUCCAGCCUCUUUCCCGUGGUCAUGCUCUCGUAAUCCCCAAACACCACGGCGAGAAGUUGACCGACAUCCCCGACGACUCCCUGACGGAGCUGCUGCCCAUCGCCAAGAAGCUGGCCUUGGCCUCUGGCGCCGCCAACUACAACAUCUUGCAGAACAACGGCAAGCUGGCGCACCAGGAGGUCGGCCCACGUGCACGUGCACAUGAUCCCCAAGCCGAACGAGAAGGAAGGGCUGGGUGUGGGCUGGCCGCAGAUGGAGACGGAUCAUGA